CGUUUUACGUCACAUCCGUUUAGGAAGUGGCUGCUGGAGUUGUCUCGUGGGUUCAGGUCUCAGAUGGGUCUCAGACCGGUUCGGGUGUAGUCCGACAUGUUCCAGGUGAUCCAAGUGAGCGUCCGCCGGGCACUGUGCCGGGGGGUUCGGUUUUCUGCCCGCUGCGUCCCCGCGGCGGCCCGGGCGGGGUCAGUGCCUGGCUCAGAGGUCGCUGCGGGUCGGACCCUGACCCUGAGGCUCUGCAGCGGAGACCGGAGGACGGACCGGAGCUCCACCGUGGACCCGGACCUGGAGGAGCAGUUCGUGUUUCUGGAAUAUACAGAUCCAGAGGAGGACCUCUCAUCUUCCUCUGCUCCUCCUCCUCCUCCUCCUCCUCCUACUGGCUCUCCGGCGGAUUCACGUGUUCCUCCUCAGAGACCGCUGCGAGCUCUGGAGCGCCAGCUGCUGGCUCUGAGGGGCGUGGCCCAGCGGGAGGUGGAGCCAGACUCUCUCAUCCAGUUCCACGAUGUGGACUUCCCGCUGGAUGAGGAGCUAGUGGCGGCAAGGAAUAAGAAGAAGAAGAAGAAGAAGGCGGCGGGGCGAGGGGAGCAUAAAGUCUUCGGUACCCCAGACGUGGACGAACCGAUCAGCGACACCUGCUGUUCGGGCUGUGGCGCCCUCCUGCACUGCGCUGCCACCGACGUCCCCGGGUACCUGCCCAGCGAGAAGUACAAGGCGCUGCUGCAGGAGGAGCGUCUGAGCGGCGCCACCUGCCAGCGCUGCCACCUCCUCACCCACCACCACAAAGCCCUGAACCUGCACAUGUCCACGGACCAGUACCGGGAUGUGGUCCGGCAGAUCCGCCCCCUCAAGGCGCUGGUGCUGCUCAUCGUCGACCUGCUGGACGUCCCCGACUCCAUCGUCCCCGACCUGCCCGACCUGGUGGGGACAAACAAGCACGUUGUUGUCCUCGGCAACAAGAUCGACCUGCUGCCGGGGGACUCGCCCAACUACCUGCAGCGAAUCAAACGCCAGCUCGUUCGGUACUGCGAGGACGCCGGGUUUGGCGGACAGGUGACCGACAUCCACCUGAUCAGCGCCAAGACCGGGUAUGGCAUCGAGGGUCUGAUCUCCAGCCUGCAGCAGUCCUGGAAGUACAAAGGGGACGUGUACCUGGUGGGCAGCGCCAACGCCGGGAAGUCAACGCUUUUCAACACGCUGCUCGAGUCCGACUACUGCAAGUCCAAAGUCCCCGAUGCCAUCCACAAAGCCACCAUAUCGCCCUGGCCCGGGACGACUCUGAACCUGCUGAAGUUUCCCAUCAUCAACCCGACUCCGUACCGGAUGUUCAGACGACAGGAGCGACUGAACGAAGCGUCGAGACAGACGGAGAGUGAGCUGUCGCAGGACGAGGUUAAGAGACUCCAACACUUCAGCCGGCAGGGAUACCUCAUGGGUCGUGUUGGCAGGACGUUCCGGUCUGAUGUCAGGUCCAGACGGGAUGAGAUCGAGUUUGAUCCCGACAGGUUGGCUUUUGGAGAAAAUGAAGAGGGACAGAUGACGAUAAAAGCUCCCAGCAGGUUGGCUGAUGAGUUCACGGUGAACGAGCUGAAAGACGCUCACUGGCUGUUCGACACCCCGGGAAUCAUGAAGGAACACGAUAUCCUCAGCCUGUUGACAGAACAGGAAGUGAUGUCAGUGGUCCCGUCUCAGGCCGUGGUCCCGAGGACGUUUGUGUUGAAGCCCAGUAUGAGUCUGUUUGUGGGAGCGCUGGCCAGGAUCGACUUCCUGCAGGGGGAGACAUCCUGCUGGUUUUCGGUCGUGGCCUCCAGUCAGGUCCCAGUUCACAUCACCAGUCUGGAGAAGGCCGACAGUGUCUAUGAGAAACAUGCGGGACACGUCCUGCUGGGGGUUCCUCUGGGAGGGUCGGAGCGGAUGAAGGAGUUUCCUGCGUUGAUUCCUCAGGUGUUCAGGCUGGAGGGUCGAGGGUUCCUGGAGGCUGCCGCGGACAUCAAACUAUCGUCUGCAGGUUGGGUGGCAGUGACAGCAGCAGAAGGUGAUGAGGUUCUGUUGAGGGUUCACGGUCCAGAGGCGGUGGCGUUCAGUGUGCGGACGCCACCGCUGCUUCCUCACAUUGUCUCUCUGAAAGGAGAACGCAUCCAAAAAUCUGCCGCCUACAAACCCAUGAAACCUCCGGGGCUGCUGGACGGCGGGCUGUCGAUCCACGGCGCCGAGAGGCUGCAUGUGAAGAAGAAGGUGAAGAAGAUGAAGAAGAUGAAGAAGUGAGGCCUGCAGAUGGGUGGGAGGAGGACGCUUUGAUGGAGGACACGGAGCGCCGUGGUCUCAGUGACACUAUCACCUGUUUCCAUGGAUACGUGGUGUUAACUGAACAUAAAAAACAUUGUGGUUCCUGUAGAGAACCUGAUGAUGGACGUUAAUAAAGAGACAGUUUAA